CAACGAAGCAGGAAGUGGAGUGAGAGGUUGGCAACAUGGAUGCAGGAUUUGUUGCUGAGAAAAACCGGGCUUUGGCAUGGACGUAGACGUGUGUUAGAGUUAUUGUUCGAUCUAUAUUUGAUAUCCGGUUUUGGAAGCCAUGAAGAUAAACGAGAACACGCUGCUGGAGGGACUCCAGGUGGUGCUGGUUCCGUACAACAAGCAGCACGUGCCCAGGUAUCACGAGUGGAUGAAGUCGCCUGAGCUGCAGCUGCUGACGGCUUCAGAGCCGCUGACGCUGGAGCAGGAAUACGACAUGCAGCAGAGCUGGAGGGACGACGAUGACAAGUGCACGUUCAUCAUCCUGGACAAGCAGCGGUGGAUGGACUCCAGUCUGGAGGAGGAGCAGUGCAUGGUGGGAGACGUCAACAUCUUCCUGACCGACCCCGCAGACCCAUCCCUGGCUGAGCUGGAGGUCAUGAUAGCAGAGCCCAGGUACAGAGGAAAAGGCAUCGGGAAGGAGGUGACGCGCAUGAUGAUGAGCUACGCACUAACCCACCUCGGGAUCGGAAGGUUUCAAGCAAAAAUCGGGCUGGACAACCAGGUCAGCAUCGGCAUGUUCAAGAAGCUGCUCUUCGAAGAGGUGUCGGUGUGUCAGGUGUUCAAGGAGGUGACCCUGGAGCUGACGGUGGACAAAUGCAUCCGGAUGAAGCUGCUGGACGACCUGGCUCACGUGAAGGAGAAAGACUACAGACAGAGCUGCAGCAACAGACAUGAAGUGUGUUCACAGUGAGGCGCUUCAUUCAGAAAUCUGGACAUUUAAUACAGAUAUAUUUUAAUUAGUAAGCUUAACAUCUGGUAAAAGAUGAUUUUCCCUCUGCUUCCAGUCUUUAUGCUAAGCUAAGCUAAGCUAUGCUAAGCCACUGCUGGCUGUACGUCCAUAUGUAUCAUAGACAAACAUGACGUCAAUCAUCUGAUCUUAGACUGACUUUAUUAAUCCCAGAAGGAAAUUCUGAUCUAACUGUUGGUAAAGUCAGUAAGCUCCACAAUGUCAGACUAUUCCUUUAAAGGCUCCAUGUGAUGUUUUGUCCAACCAACCAACAACCCAACGACGACUGUUCACCUGGUUUAGAUUGAAGAUAGAUUGCAUUUGUCCACUUUGAUUCCGAUGAAGACAGUCGCGGUGAAACAUUGAUGAAAGUCUGUUUGCGCAAUAAAAGCCAAUGAAUAAUAA